AUGGGUGUGCUCAUUAUGGGUCUCUUGAGAGUUGCUAAUGGGCAUGAGCUGUUUUGCAGUCAUUUUAGCCCAUCAUUCAUAUGGGAAAUGGGGAAUAAUCAAUUUCAUUUUGAUUUAAAGUGGCUGCAAGUGAAGGGUUGUGAUAUUGUGCUGGGAAUGGAUUGGAUCAAUUCAGUUGCACCUCUUAUUUUGCAUACUAAACCACAUAGUAUCUCUUUUAUGAAGGAUGGUCGCUUUUUAACAUUGAUUGACAGUAGAGAUGCUAUAAAAAUAGCUCCUGCCAAGGCCAAGUCCAUUCAGAAAUUGCUCAAGAGCAGUUACUGUAGCUUUUUAGCCCUAGCCCAAUUCAAUGCCUUGGAAGAAGUAGCUAAGACCUUUCUUGAUCAAGCCCAAAUGGAACAGCUGGUGUCCAAAUUCGAGGACUUAUUCAAAGAACCAAGUGGUCUUUCUCCUAAGCGUGACUGUGAUCAUGCAGUUGAUUUGGUUCCUGGUGCUACUACAGUUAACCAAAGGCCAUAUCGAUACUCAUUUAAGCAAAAGAACACGAUCAAAAAAAUGGUCCAAGACAUGCUAAAGCAGAAUACUCUGGUUCCCAACUCCUCUCCUUUUGCUUCACCUGUUAUAUUGGUGAAGAAAAAAGGACUCAUCUUGGCGCAUCUUGACCUGCGGUCUGGCUAUCAUCAAAUAUGCAUGGAGGGGGACGAGUUCAAAACAGCAUUUCGAACUCACCAUGGGCUAUGUGUUUCUGCCUUAGAACAUUUGACUCAUCUUGAGAAGGUUUUUGAAGUAUUACAAGCUAAUCAGCUCUUUGCUAAGCGCUCUAAAUGCAAUUUUGGACGUGAUAAGAUUGAGUAUCUCGACCAUAUAAUUUCUAGUGGAGGGGCAAGUACAGAUGAGUCCAAAGUCGAAGCAAUACUCAAUUGGGCAGGCCCAAAAUGGGCUUUUGUUUGGAGUGAGGAGGCUAUGCAGGCAUUUGAGGCCCUAAAACAAGCAAUGGUCCAAGCACCUCAAGGUAGACCUUUGGCUUUCCUUAGCCAAGCUUUAAGCUCAAAGCAUCUGGGCUUAUCUACCUAUGAAAAAGGACUGGUGGCACUACUAAAAGGAGUAGAAAUUAUUGCUGCUGACGCAUUGUCACACAGAUUUGAUGAAGAGGCAGAAUGCAAAAGUAUUUCAGUAGUGUAUCCUUUGUGGGUUCAGGAAGUCUUGGCUAGCUAUGAAGGGGACUCAGAAAUCAUGGCAGCUAUGGCUAAACUGGCACUAGAUCCUAAUGUUAUUCCUAAUGUAUCCUUGCAGCAGGGCUCAUUGAGGCAUAAGGGUCAAAUUUGGGUAGGAAGCACUGGACAGAAGAGACAACAAUUAAUUGAAGCCAUGCACACCACAGCAUGGUAUGAGAAUGUGACACUUGCCAAAGGAACAAGGGAGAAAAUAUGGCUUAUCCAGGAUUACUUCAGCCUCUUCCUGUCCCUUCAAGGGCAUGGGAACACAUCACAAUGGAUUUCAUUGAAGGAUUACCAAAAUCCGGGGGAAAUAAGUAAUAUUUGUGUUAGUGGAUCGUUUUACCAAAGACCCGAUUUUUACAAGCCUAUUUUGGAAAGAGUUGUUAAUGGAUUGGGGGUACAAAUUAAGCUCAGCUCAGCAUACCAUCUGCAGACGAAUGGGCAAACGGAAAGGCUUAACAGGUGUUUGGAAGGUUACCUUCGAUGCAUGACUGGUCACAAGCCUGCAGCUUGGAGCAAAUGGUUAAGCUUGGCAGAGUUCUGGUACAAUACAACUUUUCAUUCAGCGAUUCAAAUGUCUCCCUUCAAGACGUUAUAUGGCUAUGAUCCUCCCCAACCUACAUUUGAGCUUGUGGCUAAAUCCAAGGUGAACUCAGUUGAUGAAUUGUUGCGAGAAAAGUAG